AUGAAGGUGCUGUUUGUCCUGGCUCUUGCUGUGGCCCUUGUGGCUGGUACCCAGGUGAGCUUUGCACCAGAAUUUGCGGCUGGAAAGACCUAUGAGUACAAGUAUGAAGGGUAUCUUCUGGGUGGCCUGCCUGAGGAGGGCCUGGCAAGGGCUGGGAUGAAAAUCCAGAGCAAAAUUUUGAUUGGUGCAGCAGAUCCUAACAGCUACAUUAUUAAGCUUGAAGACCCCGUGAUCUCGGAGUACAGUGGAAUCUGGCCCAAAGAGGUUUUCCGCCCUGCCACAAAGCUUACCUCAGCCCUCUCAGCUCAGCUCUUGACACCCGUCAAGUUUGAGUACGCCAAUGGGGUGAUCGGUAAAGUGUACGCACCUGCAGGCAUUUCCACAACUGUGCUGAAUAUCUUCAGGGGAGUCCUUAACAUCUUUCAGAUGAACAUCAAGAAAACUCAGAAUGUGUAUAAUCUGCAAGAGACCGGAGUAAAAGGCGUGUGCAAGACACACUAUGUCCUUAGUGAGGAUUCCAAGGCUGACCGCCUCCACUUGACAAGAACCACAGACCUGAAUCACUGCACAGAUAGAAUCCACAUGGAUUUUGGCAUGGCUGGUUUUACAGACAAAUGUGCAGAGUGUGUGACUCGGGGAAAAGUGUUUGCAGGAGCAAUUUCCAUAAACUAUGUCAUGAAGCCCUCAGCCUCUGGCACCUUGAUCUUAGAGGCCACCGCUACCGAGCUCCUCCAGUACUCCCCUGUCAACAUUGUGAAUGGAGCUAUCCAGAUGGAGGCUAAGCAGACUGUGACCUUUGUUGACAUCAAGAAGACCCCAUUAGAACCCAUCAAAGCUGACUAUAUCCACCGUGGAUCACUUAAGUAUGAGUUUGGCACUGAACUUCUCCAGACACCAAUUCAGCUGUUGAGGAUCACCAACGCCGAAGCUCAGGUACCUUAGGAAAUGUUUAUUUACAUUCUCAUCUUAUUGGGAUAUUUACAGAUUGUUGAGACUCUGAACAACCUAGUAAGCCUCAAUUUGGGCGAGGCCCAUGAAGAUUCCCCUCUGAAGUUUAUUGCGCUCAUCCAGCUGCUGCGUGUGGCCAGAUAUGAGAGCAUUGAAGCUCUUUGGAGUCAGUUCAAAUCCAAAAGUGAACAUAGAAAUUGUACUGAUGUAAAAUUUUUCCCCAGACACUGGAUGCUGAGCUCUAUCCCUGCCAUUGGUACUCAUGUUGCUCUUAAGUUCAUCAAGGAGAAGGUUGUUGCUGGUGAACUGACUUCUGCUGAAGCUGCUCAGGCCAUCAUGUCAUCCACACACCUGGUGACAGCCGACAUAGAGGCCAUCAAGCUUCAGGAGGCAAGCCGAUGUUUAAAGGCUUCAUGUUUUUAUUUCCCUUAGCAUGGAAAAAAAUAGAUGUAAACCAGUUUUUAUAUUUCAUCAAUCUAGGGCCUGGCCAUGACCCCUAAGAUUAAAGAAAAUGCUGCUUUGCGUGAGAUCACCAUGCUGGGAUUUGGCACCAUGGUUCAGAAAUACUGUGUGGAGAACCCUUCAUGUCCAUCUGAGCUUGUCAGACCCAUCCAUGACAUUGUUGUCAGUGCUGUUGAGAGACGUGACAAUGAUGAACUCUCCCUGGCUCUCAAAGUUCUGGGUAAUGCUGGACAUCCCAGCAGCUUGAAGCCAAUCAUGAAGCUUCUGCCUGGCUUUGGCAGCUCUGCCUCCAGUCUUGAGCACAGAGUUCAUGUUGAUGCUGCUCUGGCACUGAGGAAAAUUGCAAAAAGAGAACCCAAGCUGAUUCAGGAUAUGGCUGUUCAGCUCUUCAUGGACAGGACUCUUGACCCAGAGCUUCGCAUGGUUGCUGCUAUAGUGCUGUUUGAUACCAAGCUGCCCCUGGGUCUGGUGAUGACUCUCGCGCAGAGCCUCCUGAAAGAACCAAACCUGCAGGUUGCUAGCUUUGCCUACUCUUACAUGAAGGCCUUUACCAAGACCACCACCCCGGACCAUUCCACUAUAGCUGCUGCUUGCAAUGUUGCCAUUAGAAUCCUGAGCCCCAAGUUUGAAAGACUGAGCUACCGCUACAGUCGAGCUUUCCAUUAUGACCACUAUUACAAUCCUUGGAUGCUGGGAGCUGCUGCUAGCGCAUAUUAUAUCAAUGAUGUUGCAAGUGUAUUGCCCAGAAACGUUAUGGCAAAAGCUCGCAUUUACCUGACUGGAGUGUUUGUUGAUGUUCUGGAGUUUGGAGCCAGAUCUGAGGGAGUACAGGAGGCCCUUUUAAAAGUCCGUGACGUUCCUGAGAGCGCAAGCAGGAUCACCAAGAUGAAGCAAGUUCUCAAGGCUCUAACUGAGUGGAGGGCUAAGCCUUCCCGCCAGCCUCUUGGCUCUUUGUAUGUGAAAGUUCUUGGGCAUGAGGUCGCAUUUGCGAACAUUGACAAAGAAAUGAUUGAAAAGAUAACUGAGGUGUUUGCAACAGGACCUGAAAUCCGCACGUAUGGCAAGCAGGCCUUGGACGCCCUGAUGUCGGGUUACUCUUUGAAAUACUCCCAGCCAAACCUGGCCAUUGAGGUUCGUUGCAUCUUCCCCAGCUCUCUUGGUUUACCCAUGGAGCUCAGUCUUUAUACUGCUGCCGUGACAGCCGCAUCCAUCGAAGUUCAAGCCACCAUUUCACCACCACCUCCUGAGGACUUCCAUCCUGUUCACCUCCUGAAAUCUGAUAUUUCCAUGAAGGCUUUAGUUGCUCCAAGCGUGUCUUUGCACACCUAUGCAGUUAUGGGAGUGAAUAAUCCUUUUAUCCAGGCUACUGUGAUGUCAAGAGCCAAAGUCCACACAGUUAUUCCCAAAAAGAUGGAGGCGAGAUUUGACGUGGUCAAGGGCUACUUUAACUACAGGUUCCUGCCUGUUGAGGGUGUGAAAACAAUAGCAUCUGCUCGUCUUGAAACAGUUGCCAUUGUGAGAGAUGUGGAAGACCUCGAAGCUGCCAAAAUCACACCAGUUCUUCCAUUUGAGCCUUUCAUCAACAAGAACACCACCUCAAUGCUUUCAAAGACCUUUAACUACCUCAAUGGCAGCUUAUCAGCAUCUUCUGAACUUCUUCCUCUUCAGCUACAAAGUCAAAUUGUCAGCAACAUGAAAAUCCCCAAACCCAUUAUGAAGAAAAUGUGUGCUACAACGUAUACAUAUGGAAUUGAGGCCUGCGUUGAUAUUAGGUCUCGCAAUGCCACCUUCCUCAGAAACACCCCCAUCUACGCUAUAAUUGGAAACCAUUCUCUUUUGGUUAAUGUCACCCCAGCUGCUGGACCAUCCAUCGAAAGGAUUGAAAUCGAGGUUCAGAUUGGUGAAAAAGCAGCAGAAAAGAUCAUUAAAGUGGUUAACCUGAGUGAGGAGGAGGAAAUACUUGAGAACAAAAACGUCCUGAUGAAACUCAAGAAGAUUCUUGUUCCUGGUCUGAAGAACAGGACCAAAGCUUCAUCCUCUAGCUCUCGCAGCUCUCGCUCCAGUAGCUCACGUUCCAGACGUUCCUCCUCAAGCUCUUCCAAGACCUCUUCCAGUUCUUCCUCUUCGCGACCCAAAACCAAGAUGUUGGAUCUUGCUGAUCCCCUCAACAAAACAUCAAAGAGUUCCUCCAGCAGCUCCUCCAGCCAACAUUUGAGCCGCAGUUCCUCCAGCAGCCGCUCAUCCCUCCGGUCCAGCAUUCUCUCCUCCAGCUCCAGCUCCAGCUCCUCCAGCUCCAUGUCUAAGCAGGAACUGUAUGAAAUGAACUUCACCAGGGAUCACAUCCACCAGCAUUCCCUCUCAACAGAGCGUCUAAAGAGCAAGAGCAGUGCUAGCAGCUUUGAAUACAUCUACAACAAGGCCAAAUACCUGUCUAACACCGUCAGCCCAGCAGUUACAGUCCUUGUCCGUGCCAUCAGAACUGACCACAAGAACCAGGGAUAUCAGAUCACUGCUUACUAUGACAGACUUACUGCCAGAGUGCAGAUUAUUGUCACCAACCUCAAUGAAAAUGACAACUGGAGAAUCUGUGCUGACAGCAUGAUGCUCAGCUACCACAAAAUGAUGACUCGAGUUACCUGGGGAAUUGAAUGCAAGCAGUACAACACAUCGAUCACAGCUGAAACUGGUCGCGUUGAGAAGGAGCCCGCAGUCCGUGUGAAGCUAACCUGGGAGAGACUCCCUAAUUACCUGAAGAAAUAUGCAAGCAGAGUCUCUAAUUACCUUACCCGCAUCGUUGAGGACAAUGGAGUGAACAGAACAAAGGUCGCCAAUGACCCCAAAGAGAUCAAACUGACUGUAGCUGUUGCCAACGAGACAAGCCUGAAUGUCACCAUGAAGACACCGAAGAACAGAUUUUACAAACUGGGAUGGACUCUUCCCUUUUACCUGCCAGUUAACAACACUGCUGCUGAGCUGCAGGCAUACCAGAACAGCUGGACAGAGCAGGUCACCUACGUGCUCACCAAGUCUAAUGCAGCUGAGUGUUCCAUGGUUAAGGACACAGUGGUCACAUUCAACAACAAGAAGUAUAAAACAGAGAUGCCCCACUCUUGCCAUCAGGUCUUGGCUCAAGAUUGCACAUCUGAAAUGAAAUUCAUAGUUCUUCUAAAGAGGGAUCAAACAACUGAACAGAAUGAGAUCAGUAUCAAGAUUGAAAUUAUUGAUGUUGACAUGUAUCUCAAGGACAAUGCUGUUGUGGUGAAGGUUAACGGAGUAGAAAUGUCUCUCAACAACCUGCCUUAUCAGCAUCCAACAGCCGACAUACAGAUCAGAGAGAGAGAAGAUGGUGUCUCUCUGCACGCUCCCAGCCAUGGGCUUCAAGAGGUCUUCUUCAGCUUAAAUAAAGUGCAGGUUAAAGUGGUGGACUGGAUGAGAGGCCAGACUUGUGGACUCUGUGGAAAGGCCGACGGUGAAGUCAGACAGGAGUACAGCACUCCGAACGAACGGGUGUCCAGGAAUGCAACCAGCUUCGCUCAUUCCUGGGUUCUGUCUGCAAAGAGCUGCCGUGAUACCUCUGAGUGUUACAUGCAGCUUGACUCGGUGAAGCUGGAUAAGCAUAUCAGCCUGGAAGGAGAGGUAUCUAAAUGCUACACUGUUGAACCUGUGCUGCGCUGCCUACCUGGCUGCCUGCCAGUGAGAACCACCUCUGUCACUGUCGGCUACCACUGCGUGCCUCUGGAUUCAAACCUAAAUCGCUCCGAUGGUCUCAGCAGCAUCUACGAGAAGAGUAUUGACGUGAGUGAGACUGCGGAGUCCCACCUGGCCUGUCGCUGCACUCCUCAGUCCUCAUCAGCCAUGAAAGCAGUUGUGCUAUCCCUGACUCUGGCCUUUGUGGGUAGCAAAAUUGUGCUCACAGCCCCUGAAUUUGCUGCUGAUAAGACCUACGUGUAUAAGUAUGAAGCGUUCAUCCUGGGUGGUCUUCCUGAGGAAGGUUUGGCAAGAGCUGGAUUGAAAAUCAGUACCAAACUUUUAAUCAGGGAAGCUGACAAGAAUAUUCACAUGCUGAAGCUUGUGGAACCUGAGCUCUUUGAGUACAGCGGCAUUUGGCCAAAGGACCAAGCAGUGCCAGCAACCAAGUUGACGGAAGCCCUUGCACCUCAGUUCCAGAUCCCCAUCAAGUUUGAAUACACUGAUGGUGUUGUUGGUAAAAUCUUUGCCCCUGAAGGAAUCUCGACUCUGGUGCUGAACAUCCACAGAGGCAUCCUGAAUAUUCUUCAGCUGAACAUCAAGAAGACCCACAAAGUUUAUGACUUGCAGGAGAUCGGAACCCAGGGCGUUUGCAAGACCCUCUACUCCAUUAGUGAAGAUGCACGUAUUGAGAACAUCCUUCUGACCAAGACCAGGGACUUGAACAACUGCCAGGAAAGACUCAUGAAGGACAUUGGGUUGGCGUACACUGAGAAAUGUGAAAAGUGCCAGGAGGAAUCCAAAAACCUGAGAGGUACCACAACAUUCAGCUACACCUUGAAACCACUUGAUAGUGGCAUCAUGAUCCUAAAGGUGGACGUUAAUGAGUUGAUCCAGUUUUCACCUUUCUCUGAGGAUAAUGGAGCUGCUCAAAUGAUGACCAAGCAGAAGUUGAAGUUCCUUGAGAUUCAGAAAGACUCCAUUCCAUCUAUCAAGGCUGAAUAUCGUCACCGUGGAUCUCUCAAGUACGAGUUCUCCAACGAACUUCUUCAGACACCCCUUCAGCUCAUCAAGAUCACCAAUGCACAGACCCAGACUGAAGAGGCCCUGAAUCACCUGGCUACCACGAACGUGGAGAAUGUUCAUGAAAAUGUACCGCUGAAGUUUUUGGAACUGAUACAGCUCCUCCGUGUUGCCCGCUAUGAAGAUUUGGAAAUGUACUGGGACCGGUACAAGAAGAUGUCCCCUCACAGACACUGGUUCUUGGAUACCAUUCCUGCCACUGGUACUCCAGCUGCUAUUAGAUUGAUCCAAGAGAAGUUCAUGGCUGAGGAAAUAAGUGUUGCUGAGGCAGUUCAGGCUUUGGUUGCAGCUGUGCACAUGGUGACUGCUGACCCUGAGGUUAUCAAGCUGUUCCAGAACCUAAUUGCCAGCAACAAAGUAGUUGAAAACCCACUUCUGCGUGAGGUUGUCUUCCUUGGAUAUGGUACAAUGGUUAAUAAAUACUGUAAUGAGACAGUUGCUUGUCCUGCUGAACUCAUAAAGCCUAUCCUAGAACGACUUUCAGAUGCUAUCGCAAAGAAUGAGGUAGAGAACAUCACCCUGUACAUCAAGGUUUUGGGAAAUGCCGGACAUCCAUCCAGCUUCAAGUCAAUCACUAAGAUUAUGCCCAUCCAUGGCACUGCUGCUGCAACCCUGCCAAUGAAAAUCCAUGUUGAAGCCAUCAUGGCUCUGAGGAACAUUGCAAAGAAGGAGCCCAGACUGGUCCAGACACUGGCUCUCCAGCUCUACAUGGACAAGGCUCUUCACCCGGAGCUCCGUAUGCUUUCAUGCAUUGUUAUCUUCGAGACAAGGCCCUCCAUGGGUUUGGUGACCACUAUUGCCAACUCUGUGAAAACAGAGGAGAAUCUGCAGGUGGCAAGCUUCACUUACUCUCACAUGAAGUCCCUAAGCUGGAGCCGUGCAACCAUUAAUUCUGAUGUUGCUGCCGCUUGCAAAGUUGCCAUGAAAAUCUUGAGUCCAAAGUUGGACAGACUGGGCCUGCGUUAUAGCAAAGUUGUACAUGUGGACAUAUAUAACAGCUCCCUGAUGCUUGGUGCUACUGCAACUGCUUUUUACAUCAACAAUGCUGCCACCUUCCUGCCAAAAACUGUUGUUGCAAAGACUAGAGCCUUCUUCACUGGAAGUACUGCAGAAGUCCUGGAGGUUGGGGCAAAUAUUGAAGGACUGCAGGAACUGAUUCUAAAGAGCCCUUCUCUCUCUGAAAGUACUGACAGGAUCACCAAGAUGAAGCGUGUCAUUAAGGCUAUGUCAGAAUGGAGAUCCUUGCCCACCAGCAAACCCCUGGCUUCUAUCUAUGUCAAGUUCUUUGGACAAGAGAUUGCUUUUGCUAACAUUGACAAGCCCAUGAUUGACAAGGCUGUUGAGUAUGGCAAGGAAUUACCCAUCCAGGAAUAUGGAAGAGAGGCUCUUAAGGCUCUGCUCCUGUCUGACACCAACUUUCACUAUGCUAAGCCUGUGCUGGCUGCUGAGAUGCGACGCAUUCUUCCUACUGCUGCUGGUCUUCCAAUGGAGCUUAGUCUGUACAGUGCUGCUGUGGCUGCCGCCUAUGUUGAAAUCAAGCCCAACACAUCACCACGUCUCCCAGAAGAUUUUGCCCUCAAGAGUCUCCUGGAGACAGACAUACAGCUUGAGGCGGAGAUCAGACCAAGUGUUGCCAUGAACACAUAUGCAGUUAUGGGGCUUAACACCGACAUUCUCCAGGCUGCUCUGGUAGCAAACACUAAAGUCCACUCGGUUAUGCCAGCCAAAAUCGUUGUAAGACUCGACAUCAAAGAGGGCGACUUUAAGCUCGAAGCUCUUCCUGUUGAUGUGCCUGAAAACAUCACAGCUCUGAAUUUCACAACUUUUGCUGUGGCAAGAAACAUCGAGGAACCUUCUGUUGAGAGAAUCACUCCCCUCCUCCCCACCAAAGUCUUGCAAUUCAACUCAAGCGAUAUUCUCUCAUCCAAGCAUGAUUCCUCUGAAGAUAGCAUGUCAUCAUCCUCAGAAAUCAUUCCCAUGGAAGAAGAACCUGAUGAGUAUAAUACUGAGCGCAAGAUUCGUUCCUUUGCCAAGAGAUACUGUGCUAAGUACAAUAAUGUUGGACUGAAGGCCUGUUUUAAGUUUUCCAGUGUAAAUUGUGCCUCUAUCCGUGACAUUGUCCUGUACAAACUGGCUGGCAGCCACAACUUCUCUUUCUCUGUGACACCAAUUGAAGGUGAAGUUGUUGAGAGAUUGGAGAUGGAGGUUAAGGUUGGAGCAAAGGCUGCAGAGAAGCUCGUUAAACGCCACCUGAGCGACGAUGACAGCAUUGAGAAAGGAGGACCAGUUCUGGUGAAGCUCAACAAACUCUUGUCCUCAAGACGCAACCGCUCCUCAUCUUCCUCCUCCAGCUCCAGCAGCUCUUCUUCAAGUCGUGACUCAAGUUCCUCCUCAAGCUCUUCAUCUCGCUCUAGCCAUAAGAUGAGUCUUGCAGCCGUUAGACACAAGAGCAGCAGGAACAAUAGCAGCAGCAGUAGCAGCAGCAGCAGUAGCAGCAGCAGCAGUAGCAGUUCCAAACGCAGCAGCAGCAGUAGGAGCAGCAGGAGAUCCAGAUCCAGCAGCAGUUCAGAUAGGACCAGCUCUGCAUCAAGCCUUGCAUCUCUCUUCCGUGACAGCUCAAGCUCUUCUCGCUCCAGUGCUCCUCUCUCCAAGGUAAAUAUCUUCAUGUUGAUUUAGCUGAAAAGUAGGCUACACAUGAAACAGUUAGACUCAAAAUCAGCUUCCAGAAGCAGCGCCUCCAGCUUUGAGGCCGUCUACAAACAGAAAAAAUAUCUUGACGAGGAGGAAGCUGUUGUGGCAAUGAUCUUCCGGGCUGUCAAAGCUGACAAGAGGAUGGUGGGAUACCAACUUGCUGCCUACCUUGACAAACCAAAUGCUAGACUUCAGAUUAUUGUUGCCAACUUGUCUUCUGAAAGCAACUGGAGGAUCUGUGCUGAUGGAGUUGUGCUGAGCAAGCACAAAGUUACGACUAAGAUUUCCUGGGGCGAACAUUGCAAGAGAUACAGCACCAAUAUCACAGGAGAGACUGGUCUUGUUUUUUCAAGCCCUGCAGCUCGCCUCAGAGUGUACUGGGAAAAACUGCCUUCUGAACUGAAGCGCUAUGGAAAGAUGUAAGAAACUCUACAUCUCAUAAGACUCCUCAGAUCUCAUUACUUUCCUGCUAAAAUACUGUCUGACUUGAUUCAUACAAAGAGAGAAAACAGCACCAGGAAAAUCUCGGUCAUUGCAGUUGUAACUUCUGAAAAGACAAUUGACCUCAUUGCAAAAACCCCAAUGAACUCUGUCUACAAUGUCACUGUGCGUCUUCCCAUGUCUAUGCCGAUUGAUGAGAUCAAAGGUCUCAGCCCCUUUGAUGAAGUCAUUGACAGGAUCCACUUCAUGGUUUCUAAGGCUGUCGCAGCUGAAUGCAGUUUCUCUGAAGACACACUCUACACAUUCAACAACAGGAGCUACAAGGACAAGAUGCCCUCCUCUUGCUACCAGGUUGCGGCGCAGGACUGCACCGAUGAGCUGAAGUUCAUGGUUCUCCUGAGGAAAGAUUCUUCAGAACAACACCACAUCAAUGUCAAAAUCUCUGAGAUUGAUAUUGACAUGUAUCGAAAGGACAACAACAUCAUUGUGAAGGUCAACGAAAUGGAAAUACCCCCCACCAGCCUGCCUUACCGCCACCCAACAGCUUCCAUUGAGAUCAGACAGAGUGGAGAGGGCCUUGUUGUCUAUGCACCUAGCCAUGGCCUCCAAGAAGUCUACUUUGACAGGAAGACAUGGAAGAUCAAAGUUGCUGACUGGAUGAAAGGAAAGACCUGUGGACUCUGUGGAAAGGCUGAUGGAGAAGUCAGACAGGAGUACCACACUCCCAACGGACGUGUGGCUAAGAACUCAGUCAGCUUUGCUCACUCCUGGAUUCUGCCCGCUGAUAGCUGCAGGGAUGCAUCUGAGUGCCAUUUGAAGCUUGAAUCUGUGCAGCUGGAAAAACAGUUGACCAUUCAUGGUCAGGACUCCAAAUGCUUCUCUGUUGAGCCUGUACCUCGCUGUCUGCCCGGGUGCAUGCCAAUUAAGACCACCCCUGUCACUGUUGGUUUCAACUGCAUGUCAUCUGGUGAGUUUGCUUUUAAAUAUAAAGAGGACAAUACUAUCUAUGACAGAAGUGUGGACCUGAGACAAACUACCCAGGCUCACCUGGCUUGUAGCUGCAUUGCCAAAUGCUCUUAA